UGGUUUGGGGGCACGGUUGGUGGGUGGGUUUUUGCAGUGCGAGUCUGAUUUGCUUCUAGUUCAGCGACUCUCAAACUUUUGCAUCCUUGACCUUUUUCACAGAGCUCAGCUGAGUGUGCCUCCCCCAUUAUGAAUUAAGUACACUUUUUAAAAUAUAUUUAACGCUGUUAGAAGUGCUGGAAGUGAAGCAGGGUGUGGGGAUUGAAGCUCACUGCUUGUGUCCUGCCACAAACCUUGCAGUCCCCGAAGGCUCACUACCCCCAAUUUGAGAAUCCUUGCCCUGGUCUAUAAUGUACACCCAUGUGUAUUAGAUCUGCAUCCAUUUCUUAGAUUGUAAACUCUGUAUGGUUGUGGUCACCAACCAGUAGAUCGUGAUCUACCGGUAGAUCUCGGAGGCUCUAAGAGUAGCUCUUGAGCCCUCUCUGAACUGCGCGCCUGCGCAGUACAUUUACAUUAGAUUUCCUCAUUUGAGGAGCAGCUACUCACCGAGCAACAGCACAGUGGUUUUGUGAGGAAAGAAAUAGUGAAGAUGAUGUUGAAAUUCUAACUACUAAAAAAUUCAGAGGUGAUUUGGCAUACAGACGACAAGAAUUUCAGAGAGCCCUGUAUGAAUACACAAGCUGCUUGUUGCUGUUACCAUCCAGUAACAUCGCAAUGAGAAGAGAUGUCCAAGAGGGCCAGGCUCGGUGUUUAGCUCACCUAGGAAAGCACAAAGAGGCACUGGAUAUUGCAGAAAAACUGAGAAAUGGAGCAACUAACACAGAUCAUUUAACAUCUGUCCUCAACCUGCAGUUUACAAUUUACUGUCUCCUGAAAAAUAUAGAGAAGAAGACCUCAUGCUUACAGCAACUGAUUUCUUUACAUCCUUUUAAUCCAUGGAACUGGAAGCUACUUGCUGAGGCUUAUAUAAGCGUUUUACAGACUCUGCCUCCAUCAUUUAUUUCAGAAAUGAAACUUGUUCAAUGCAAAGAUUGCACUGCAAAAGACAAAGUUUUCCAGGCCUCACCAGGACCGUUUAGAAAAGAAAUGAACCAUCAGUGUCACCAGACACACAGCGGGAGAGAUGAUUUUAGGUCAACAUUUUCUACAAAAACAAUUGGAGACAACUCUGUAUCUUCUAGCAAUAGCCAAAUGGUAGAGGGAUCCCUCCAUAUCUCAGAAGAAUGUGCAAAAAGGGACAAAAUGAAACAUACUCCCUUUGAGUCCUGGGGACAGGAAGUAUUCAAAGAAGUUUGGAUAAAAGCAUGUGCCUCUUUUGUUAGAACAAGGCUUUUACUUCAGAUUACACAGUUGCAACAGUCAUCCUUUGCUCUAGAGAAGAAUUUGAAGAUUCAGCAAGAAACUGAAGACACAGUAAAAGGUUUUGGUUUAAAUGAAGAAUCCUUGCUAUUGAUUACUGAGGUUAUGGGAGAGGAUCUCAUUCCAGAAAAACUGAAAGAGGAUGCUCAGGGAGAAAUAAAAUGUCUAGGCCCUUCAGCACUGACAUCCUUGGUAACUGCCUCAGUCACAGAAUUUGAACACAAAUGGUUCAGAAAACUCAAAGAUAGUUUGUCAUUUUGACAGUCAGUUCUGCCUAGACAUAUACAUUCCACCAUAAAUAAUUUAAACACUCCUGUUCUAUUUAUUUUUUAUCAUCUUUAUCUCAAGUGAUGAUGGAAUAAAGUUAAUAUUACUUUAAAAAUAAAGUUGAGUGUAUAUCUUUUAAGAACAUUGCACUUCUAAUCAUCAGUUUUCUUGCAUACUCACUGGCUUUUUCUUUCUGUGCUUCUACAUAUUCAAUUUAAAAUGAUCAGGGCAAGUGACAUUAUCAGCCUUCAAAGGCAUAUUGCAACACUGAACAUCACACUUCUUGAUCACACCUCGCCUAUGAUUUCUUUGGAGUUGUGAUAUUCUUAGAGUAAUCUCUUCACUAUAUCUAGCCUGAUGUUUCUUCAGUAUUUGUUUUUAUCUUGCUGUUUUAGACCAGUGGAAUAAGCUGUUAGAUUCUUGUUUUAAAAUCUGGUGGAUAUGUUUUUAAAAUUAGUAUAAACGUGAACAAAAACUGGUCUGGUAGCACUUUAUAGACUAAUGAAACAUAU